AUGAGAGGUAUCCUACCAGGGAGACCCAGGUCCGGGCUCCAAGCUUUGGCGACAGGCUUCUGGGGGUCAAGACAAUAUACUGUAUACAUCACGGGCAAUGCCUUCGCCAUCCUCGACGGCCCUGAACAACUUGUCCAAACAGUCUACGACGACGACGAAGCAGCUCUUCUUGCUGUAGCAUUCGACGAAUUUUCGGGGAAAAUAGCAACAUGCACGGGGUCAGCCGUUCGAGUCUACAAGCCUUUGGGACACGCAGAGGACGCACUCAAGUGGGGACUGCAGUCGUCGUUCCUAAUCCAAACAAGCGAAACAGAUCCUUGUCUAUCAUGGGGAGCUUCAGAAGAGCUCCUUGUCGCCGCAUCGACCCUGCGUCUAUACCUUACAACCUCAGCAGCCCCGUCAACCGUCCAUAUUGCCACAAUCACUUCAGAGCAGAAGGGCAUUGUGUGGCAACUCGACUUGCCACCAUACAUGGCGCCAGAUGCAGCCUCUCAGGAGGGCUCGCGUGAAGCGACUCUCAUGGAGUUCUGCAGAUUUGAGCUGCGAAAUAUCGAGGGGCUUGCUUAUGUAUUGCCUGUUGAUCCCGCAGGGUCUUCCCCGAUUACGACUGGUUUCUUGGAUGUGUUUGCGAAGGACGUUGCCAUUUCCUACACUCAAGUGGCUGUCAACCUGUUGUUCGGAGACUGGUCUUGCAAACCCAGCGCUCGCGAACAUAUUGACGACUAUCUCGGCAUGAAACUUGAUGUGUUUUACAUGGACACGGUUUCGUCGGGAAAGGUGGUCAAGCAGCAAUCCGAUUCCUAUUUAAAUCGCGGUGCCUCGGAUGAUCCAAUGCAAGAAACCUUCACGGAGGAUGUUGCUGCGGCUAUUAAUGAGCGACUGACCAAGGUCGGUCUCCCACAGUUGUCAGGACAAGAGCAAAUGCAACUAGCCGACAUCAUUGAUUGUGUAGGCUUGGUCGACAAACACCGUCGCUCAUUAGACGAGGAUGGUGCUAGGUUCAUGCUCUUCCUUCGCCAACACGCCUUGCGCAAAGGGCGUAUUAGCGAGAUCAAUAUUUCUUGGCGGGAGAUCGUGUGGGCAUUUCAUUCUGGCAGCCAGGACAUUCUGGUGGAUUUUGUGAUACGACAGUAUCAUGGGUCGCUUCUUUGGGAAAGUGCCAGGGAAAGUGGUAUAUUCAUGUGGCUGACUGACACUAAUGCUAUGAGGGCCCAGUUCGAGAUCAUCGCUCGGAAUGAGUAUACCAAGAGCGAGAUGAAAAACCCAAUUGACUGCAGUCUCUACUAUUUAGCUUUGAAGAAGAAAACUGUUCUUCAAGGGCUUUGGCGCAUGGCAAGCUGGAACAAGGAGCAAGGCGCCACACAACGCCUGCUGGCCAAUAACUUCGAAGACCCGAAAUGGCGAACGACGGCACUUAAGAAUGCAUACGCAUUGUUGAGCAAGCGCAGAUUUGAAUAUGCAGCGGCAUUCUUUCUCUUGGCGGACCAUCUAACAGACGCUGUCAAUGUUUGUCUGCACCAGCUCAAGGACUUGCAACUUGCUAUUGCCAUCGCCCGAGUGUACGAGGGUGACAACGGUCCAGUCCUUCGGAAGCUCCUCGAGGACGAAGUCCUCAAUGUCGCAGCUCGCGAGGGGAAUCGCUGGCUUGCCUCGUGGGCGUUUUGGAUGCUCGGUCGCAAAGAUAUGGCCGUCAGGUCGCUGAUUACGCCCGUAUACACUCUUCUAGAGACCCCGGUCGUACCCGACUUGAGGUCUAAGUUGUUCCUGACCGAUGACCCAGCCUUGGUAGUGCUCUACUCGCAGCUUCGACAGAAGACCUUGCAGACCCUUCGAGGAGCAUCCAAAGUAACCCCUCGGAUUGAAUGGGAGUUUGUUCUUCACAGUGCCAAGCUGUUUGAUCGGAUGGGCUGCGAUCUUCUUGGUCUGGAUCUUGUCCGUAACUGGGAGUUCCCUCAGCCGGCAGCAACGACAGGAUCCUUGCUUGGAGGCGAGGCCAACCCGCUGAAACUUCUGAGGAGGCGAAGUUCUCUCGUGGUGGAUGACAUGCCUUUUUCAAGCUUGCGCAACGAGACGGGAUGGGUCAGUACCAUGACCAUGCCGGCUAGUUUGAUGGGCUUUGGUUUAUUUCGGUCACUUGCGCGCCACCUAAGUUUCCCAUUCAGUCCGGUCGAGAAUGUUCUCGUCCAAACAGUAGCUGGAAGUAUGGCUAUCAUGCCACUGGGCUGUGGUUUCGUAGGAGUGCUGCCAGCGAUGAAUUAUCUCCUCACGCCCGAAGAGCAGGGGCCGAUCACCCUCGAGGCAUGGAGACUCAUUGUAUGGUCUCUUGGUCUCUGCUACUUUGGUGUUGUAUUCGCUGUGCCCCUACGACGACAAGUCAUCAUUCGCGAAAGGCUACGUUUCCCAAGUGGCUUCAGCACAGCGGUCCUCAUCGGAGUGCUCCACGGCAAAGACAAGCCGGCGACAUCGUCCGAAGUAGACUCGCCGGCAGCUGGUGGCUUUGCGAGCCUUGUGCCACCUGCUGACGACGAGACCGAUGAUGCUUCAGAGGAUGCUCCAUCCACGACCUGGGCGGAGAACGUGCGCCUGCUCGCGACAUGCUUCGUAGUAUCAGGGGUCUACACACUCUGUACAUUCUUUUUUCCCUCCAUCCGCAACAUCCCGAUUUUUGGCACCGCUAUAGCUCAGUCAUGGCUAUGGACGCUUAAUCCCAGCCCUGCCUAUAUUGGACAAGGAAUCAUCAUGGGCCCAGAAACAACACUACAUAUGUUGCUGGGUGCUUUUGUCGGCUGGGGCAUUUUGUCGCCACUGGCUAAGUCACGGGGCUGGGCCCCGGGCGCGGUCGGCGACUGGGAGACUGGCAGUAAAGGCUGGAUUCUGUGGACUUCUUUGGCCAUCAUGCUCGCAGAUGCUGUGGUCAACCUAGCACACCUGGUUGUUCGGUCGCUGUUCUCCCGCUUGAACAUCAAUAAGCCCCCCGUCACGCUACGCAGUAGCUUGCGUGGCGUCUGGUCGUUGGCGACAGGUGGUCCGCGCCAGUAUUCAAGGAGAUAUUCCGCCCUCCAAUCGGAAGACUACGACGAUAACGAUCCUCUCCUCGGUCAAAAUGCAUCAUCUGAGUCUUCUGGGUCUGGGGACGGUUCCCGGGACCGUCACAUUUCAGUUGGGGAGGAUGUGGAGGACGCGCCGCCAGAUCAACAAGUUGGCGGCAAGACGGUCACAGUCGGCCUUUUCGCGUCAAUUUUACUGUGCGUAGUUGCCGUACGCAUUGUCUUUGGCAAUCUCGUUCCACUCUAUGCCAACAUUGCCGCAGUACUACUAGCACUUGUCCUCAGCAUCAUGGGGGUAAGAGCGCUUGGUGAGACCGAUUUGAAUCCGGUUUCGGGAAUCAGCAAGCUGGCACAGUUGUUCUUCGCCAUAAUCAUCCCACAGUCUCACAAGACCAGUGUUCUAAUCAACCUUGUCGCCGGUGCCGUGUCCGAGGCGGGAGCUUUACAAGCUGGGGAGCUGAUGCAGGACUUGAAGACGGGACACUUGCUAGGUGCGGCACCACAAGCGCAGUUCUACGGUCAGAUCAUUGGGGCCACGGCUGGUGCUGUAGUUAGCGCUUUUGUGUAUCGACUUUAUACCGCCGUCUACCCAAUCCCCGGUAGCCUGCUGCAGGUGCCGACAGCUUACGUAUGGAUAUUCACAGCAAGAUUGGUGACAGGCGAAGGCCUGCCAAAUAUGGCGCGAGAGUGGGCAACUGGCUUUGGUAUUGUCUUUGCAAUUACAACUGCUAUCAGGGCUGCUGUUCCGCCCGAAAAAGGCUGGAGGCCAUUCAUCCCCGGCGGGAUUGCUGUUGCCGUCGGCAUGUAUAAUGUUCCAUCUUUCACGCUCGCGCGAGUUUUGGGUGGUCUGCUCAACUGGUACUGGUCCUCUGGUCGAUUCGGUAGUGGACAAGGUCGAUCAAAAACGUCUCUCAUCGUCCUUGCAUCUGGCUUUAUCCUCGGCGAGGGAUUCCUCAGCGUCGUAAAUCUGAUCCUGCAAACUCUCAGUACGCCUUCUUCGAGCUGA